AGAAAAUGCUGCUAUCAGUGACUUCCAGGCCUGGGAUUUCGACUUUUGGCUAUAACAAGAACAACAAGAAGAGCCACGGUGGGUGCAAAAAAGAAGAAAAAGAAGAUCUUUGCUGUGCCAGAAACCCUUAAGAAAAAGCUAAGGAAUUCCAUAGAGUUGAAGAUCAAGCAUCUGAGACAAAAGUUUGCCCCAACAAUGCUUUGAAAGGCAAGGAGGAAGCUUAUUUAUGAAGAAGAUAGGCAUUACCACAAGGAAUACAGGCAGAUAUACAGAACUGAGAUUUGAAUGGCGAGGAUGGCAAGGAAAGCUGGCAACUUCUAUGUGUCUGCAGAACCCAAAUUGACAUUUGUCAUCAGGAUCAGAGGUAUCAGUGGUGUGAGCCCAAAGAUUCGAAAGGUGUUGCAGCUUCUUUGCCUUCGCCAGAUCUUCAAUGGCACCUUUGUUAAGCUUAACAAGGCUUCAGUUAACAUGCUAAGGAUUGUGGAACCAUAUAUAGCAUGGGAGUACCCAAACCUGAAGUCAGUGAAUGAAUUGAUCUACAAGCGUGGUUAUGGCAAGAUCAACAAGAAGCGAAUUGCCCUGACAGAUAACACAUUGAUUGUCCGAUCUCUUGGUAAAUAUGGCAUCGUCUGCAUGAAGGAUCUGAUUCACGAGAUCUAUACUGUUGGAAAAUGUUUCAAAGAAGCAAACAACUUUUUAUGACCCUGCAAAUUAUCUUCUGCAUACAGGGGAAUGAAGAAAAAAGCACCCAUUUUGUAGAAGGUGGAGAUGCUAGCAACAGGGAAGACCAGAUCAAUAGGCUUAUUAGAAGGAUGAACUAAGGUAUCUACCAUGAUUAUUUUUCUAAUCUAGUCAGUUAAUAAAAUGACUACUUUCAUUUUUUUAAAAAAGAUGUUAUGUAUUUAUUCAUGGAGAGAAAGAGAGAGAGAGAGAGGCAGAGACACAGGCAGAAGGAGAAGCAGGCUCCAUGCAGGGAGCUCGAUGCGGGACUCGAUCCCGGGACUCCAGGAUCAUGCCCUGGGCCAAAGGCAGACGCCAAACUGCUGAGCCACCCAAGGAUCCCCUA